UUUGGACUUGGAAAAUAUGAAUUGAUAAGCGAAACUGCAUGUUCUCCGGAUACUGACGUGAAGAGCACUGAAAUGCAGCCUCAGUAUUAGGACAGCAUCUGAUAAUAAAAGUGCAAUGACUAAGAAAAUUCGAGUCUUCCUGGAAAUCGGAUAUCCACAGUUUAUCAUCUGUUUAUUCUUUCAUGGCCUAUUAUUUGCAGACUGCAUAGCCGGCUCUAACACUGACAAUUUAAGAAUAAACCGUCAGAAAAGAAAUAUAUUUUGUUUUUGGGGUUUAACUGGCCUUAUAAAGCAAACGCUUUACAACUCGCUUCAAGACAUCCAUGAACAUGAUCCUCUUGAUUUGGGAAACGCAUACGGCAAUAAACUACGAGAUGGCGUUCUGCGAGGUCUGUCUUCUCUAACUAAUGUUACCGAUCUUGAUGUCUACUGUAAUUCAGAUACUGUGAUUUUUGCCACGACACUGGGCAUGAAAGAUGCAGAAAUUCGUUACAAAUGGCGGCGUAAAUUGCUUUUUAGCUUUAUGGGGUCUGUCUGGACGAAAGCUAAAGAAGUUCACUUUUCAAUUAAGGUUUCUUUAAACACUACGAGAGAGACAAGAUUUGCUGUAACUGAUAUUAAAGUGACGAAACUGGAAGGCUUCGAAUUUGGGUUCACUGGAUUGGGUCCACUUAACCAUUUAUUGAAGAGUUUUGUGAAAGUGAUGUAUCAAGUGUGGACAAAGCGUGUUAUCAGAAUAAUACAAAAGCUUAUAAAAACUGCAGUGGAAUCCCAGCUUAGUAAAGUUACUCUACCAUUCUGAUAUUUGCUAAAUUAUUAUAACGAAAAGAACACUCCAAAGGUCAAUGUGAAACAUACUAUAGCAACAAGAAUCAGCCUAAGUUGCGUAAAUUUCACGAUUUUAAUUUUGAAGGUCAAAUAAAACCUUCUCUCUCAGCUGCGGUAAUGAAAAUGACGAUGGAGAAGCAUGUGCUCACGCGAUAACAGUAACGAAAAAGGAAGAAACAAAGCCACUGGCGUCAUCUAGUAACAAAAUGAGAAAACACAACAAUAAAAAUAGGUUCUUUAAAAGCUGAAGGCAAAGACAGAUUAGAAUAGGAUUCAACUUUAAAGAAAUGAUUUAAAACGAUUGAAUUAACUGAUUGAAUUAAUCUUCGCAUAUUUUCGUUUUUUUCAACAUAAUACAGUAAAUCAAGAAAUCACCCUGAAACUAUAUGUGAACAGAGUUGGAUCUAGCAUUGUCUGAUCGUCUGCUUAAGCAGGCGGCCAUUUUAUACGAAUGUGAAUAAUUCUUGCAGGUUAAAAAUUUUUCCGUUGAACUCUUUUAUUUAUUGAUUGAUUUUUCUACACUUUUACUUGCUCCUCCUUCUUUCGAUUGGCUUUACGCGAGUAAAAUACUAAGAAUUAAACCUUAUAUUUGCCAUUUAAAAAAAGUGUCUCGUUUAAAGGUUCUGUUUCAGGUUUAAAGAAAUUACAACUUCGUUUUAUUUAAUUUAUAAAACACUAAUACUAAAAUUGUACUUUGCAACUGCAUAGAUUUUAUCCAUUAUCAAAGAAAGUAUGUAUGUGUUAUGAAUAAAACCAAAGAUUUUACAUGUA